AUGAAGAAAGCACUUGCGUCUACGGGACAGACGACUUUGUCGAUUGCACUUGCUGAGCCAGUUUUGUUUUUGACGGGGUAUGAACCUAAUGAGUUUGCUAAUACUGCACCGGCUAUGCUUCGUGGAUCAUUGAUCCUCAAGAUUCAGAAAGCAUGUAAAGUCAAGGCAAUCACUUUGAUAUUCAAGGGUCGUGCCCGAACGGAGUGGCCAGAAGGCAUCCCACCUCGCAAAACCGAGUUUUACGAAGAGAAAGAGAUCAUGACCCACGCAUGGCCAUUCUUCAACGCUCAGUUCCCAAUGGCCGAGCAUACGCACGGUGCAGACGCCUUCAAACCCUUCGGCGGCCCCAUCCAAUCCUCACCCCUCACAACCUCCACACUCCCGUCCCUCGGCAAAACCAACUCCCGGUCCUUCACCAAACACGAGCAUACAACCACCCAAAUGCGCGGUUACCGCAUCUUCCCGCCAGGAGAGUACGCAUACACCUUCGAACUUCCACUCGACAGUAAGUUACCUGAAACGAUCGAGUGUGAUAUGGGAAGCGUCAAGUAUGAGUUGGAGGCGAUCGUGGAGAGGGCGGGUGCGUUUAAGAGUGAUUUGAAGGGGAAGACGGAGAUUGUGUUGAUUCGUAGUCCUGGGGAGGGAAGUUUGGAGGGGAGUGAGCCUAUUGCGAUCUCGCGUAAUUGGUAUGACCAGCUUCACUACGAUAUUGUUGUUUCCGGCAAAGCGUUUCCGAUUGGACAAAAGAUUCCUAUUGCGUUCAAGCUAACGCCGCUCGCCAAGGUUCGUGUGCAUAGGAUCAAGAUUUUCUUGACGGAGAAUGUGGAGUACUAUUGUCGAAACAAGAAGGUGCAUCGCUUGGAGCCGACACGAAAGAUACUACUUUUGGAGAAAAGUGCCGAUAAUGCGUCUGCAUCGAGUUCGUCGAAUCCGGUUCAGGACGGAAGUGACAGUUUGCUCGGACAAUUGGAGGGCAACCUUAGUAUCGGCAGCACGGAACUGGAGUUUUCCGCACAAAUACCGGGAUGUACACCCAAGGAGAAGAAGGAGAAACUUCAUUUCGAUACGACAUAUCCCAACAUCCGCGUUCAUCACUGGUUGAAGAUCGUGAUGCGUUUGUCGAAGGUGGACGAGAACAACUCCGGUCGUCGCAGGCAUUUCGAGAUUAGCAUCGACUCUCCGAUUCACUUGAUGAGUUGUCGAUGCACGAUGGCUAAUACGGCAUUGCCGGCAUAUGAAGUCGGUCCAAAGACUGUUACUGCACGAUUGCCGUGUCCGUGCCAGACUAACCAGUUGAAUGGGAACAACCCAUCUUCGGCUGGAACUGGCGAAGUUAUCCCGAUGGUGGAUCCGAUGGCCGAACUCAUGCGUGGUGGAUCCGGUGAAUUCGCACCUGAGUCGGCAAACUCGAUUCCGUCUCAUAUGUCUUCUGGAAGGCCUAUGCAUCUUCUUCGUGCGCCGAGUAUGCAGCCUCCGUCGUUCUUUGCGGAUGUUGCACCCCCGCCGAUGAUGACCCCUCCUCCGACGUACGAGUCUGUCGUACCCGAGGAAGACCGUGGUGGUGAGGGUGGGUAUUUUGUUGCUAUGCAUACAUCUACGCCCGAUGACGACCAACGCGUCGGUCGUUCCGAGGAGGAGUUCCUCUCCCCCGUCACCUCAGCCCGCAACUCAACCGAAGACCUCGGCCGUCGUCGUCGCGGAUCUGAACCCCCUACCCCCAGCGCUGGAUUCAGACAUCUCCAACUCGGUGAGAAUGAGCGUGGACAGUGGGAGCGUGCGUUGUUUUCGAGGCCGUCGACGGGAGUCAAGGGUGUGAGUGGAUCGGGCGAGGAGAUGUCGAGUGGGACUGGGAGUGGGGAUGGGAGUGGGGCGGAUAGCUCUGGGAGGCCCAGUAUGAGUUUGAAGAUGCCGCAGAAUGUUGGAGUUGGUGGGCAUUAAGUUGAGGGAAAGGGAACUGAGAGCGUUGCAUGAUGCAUCAGACUGUCAAGUAAGCACAUCGAGUGAGGAGUGGAGACCCAAAAACGAUCAGUAGCAGAACGGUAUGAUUACAGGAACAUCGUAUGGGAAAGGAACGAAGGAGUGUAUGUUAUGGCAUAUGGGUUGGUGAAGGAGUGCAAGCACGGAAGCGAAGCAGAUGGUGUUGUCUUUUUCCUUGCCUUGUUGUUUAUGCUAC